GUCGCGUCGCCUUCCCGCCCGCAUCAUCUUCACGUGAGCUUUCGGGAUGUCGCCGCCGCUAGUAUAACCCUUCUUGCUUUUCUCCGCGCGACCUGCGAGAGAGCAUAGAGGAGGAACAGAGCGAGCUCCAGAAGCAACCGCGCCAAAAAAUGGACGGCGACGCGCCGAUGGUGGCCGCGGCGGAGGAGGAGCCGCACGUCGAGCGCCUCCCCGCCGACCUCCUCGCCCACGUCCUCUCGCUCCUCCCAACCUUCCACGACCUCGCCAUGGCCGGCGGAGUGAGCCGGCGGUGGCGCCGCGCGGUGGGACGCUCGCUGGCGACGCGGCGGCGGCUGAGCUUCGCGGGGCAGCGCACCGGCGACGACUCCACCGCGCGCCUCGUCCGCGCCGCCAUCAACCUCCGCGACCUCGACAUUUCACGAAGCUGCUGGGGAUGCCACAUCAGCGACCGGGGGCUGCUCGAGAUUUCGUCCGCGGCUUGCGUCGGCAAUCUCACCUCCGUCUCGCUCUGGGGAUUGGCCGGGAUCACUGACAAGGGCGUUGUUCAUCUG